CCUUUCUUCUAAUCUUAGUUUUUGUCUUUAAUUAAUUUUUAGAUUAGGAUGAUCAGAAAUUGUCAAUGAAAUUUUUAGCUUCUUUUUUGUCAGAAUAUAUUUUGUGUUUUUCUUUGGUGAUUUUGUUAUUGAUUAUUGAUUACAGGUGCUUAAUUAAUCUUUUGUUAUUUAUUCUUGUCUUUUGAUUGGAAUUUGUAGUUGUAGUUUAUGUUGUUUGAUUGUGUUUAGUUUAUGACAUGGAUGCUUUUUUCUUGUUACAUGUCAGAAAACCUUUUGGUGGGAGGUUUCUAUUUUUGUUUGGUGUGACUUUAUGUUAUGAAAGGGUUUUUGAUGGUCUAUUAUCUAUUUUUAGAAAUUUUUAGGUAGCUACCAAAUGAUUCUCCUUUGUGUAGGAGUUUUUUGGGUAAUACAAAAGAAGAAAGUAUGAUAUGAUUUGCUGUUGGUUAUGCCUUGCAAAAUUAGUAUGAAUUAAUAAGCUUUUGAAGUUUUGAGGAUAUGGGAAUAGCUUGUUGAGAUUGGUGCACAAAUUCGAGGUGAUUGUUGGUGAUACCCUUGUGCACUUGGCUUUUGUUGUUGGUGGAAGUAAUAGUUAGGGGCACAUACCUUGAAUUUCCAUGAUCAAAAUAUGGCCUCAACCUUUAGAGCCGCGUUGUUGUUGUAAAGGUAAGGAGCUUAAGAGCCACUUUAGGAAGGAGUCCUUUUUCGGCCAAGGAUUUUCUUUGGAAAUAUUGGAGUAUUUCUUAUGCUGAUGUUGUUGUUAAUACUCCUCCGUCUGGUUGAGUACUGGGCAUAUGAGAAGAGAAAUGUGUUGAACCAUUUGAAGUGGUGAAAAUUUGAAUUUGUUGACGAUUUUCAAUGAUUAUCAAAUCAUUUUGGAUAGUUUUGACAGGAGGAGGAAUUGUUUGGCCCGUCAUUUGACUAUUACUAAUAAAUUUUGUGCUGAUUAAUAUGUGGUGUUUCUUGUGAAGGCUUAUAGUCACCGAGUUGACUUCUUUCAUUACCAAAGUAGAGAACCAGAGACUGAGUUUGUUUUCUGAAUGACACAUAAGUAAGAUUGAGCAAUGUUGAAGUGGAGUGGAGUGGCUCACUUGGUGCCUUUUCUUUCUGAUGGUCCCGGUGAAAUCUGUAAUCUGUGAUUGGCUGGCUUUUGGUGGCGACUAUCUACUUUUUCUGAAUUUAUCAACCGUUGAAUUAGAUUGAUUCGGUGAAUGGAAGAGCUAGUUGCAACUUGCAAGUCCAUGAAACUGACAUAUUUGAGGCUGCUUUGGUUGCAAGAACUGAAACUUUGUAAGUCUACUCAUGGAUGAAUAUUCCAAUAGAAGAUCUUCUGGGGGACUCGCUGUCUCUAGAAGAGGGCCUAGCCUUGUUUUGAGAGAGACAGCUCAGAACAAUAGAGAUAAAAAUGUUCAGGUUUGCAGUCGAAUUGGAUGUGGUAGCAGGCUGAACUCGAUGAAGGAUGCACAGACUGGCUCUCCCAGUAAAGUCAAAACUCCAAAAACUCCUUUCCGUUCAUCUGCUUUAGGAAAGGAAAGCAUUGGAACUUCAUCCAGAACUCCUGCUUCUCCUAAUACUUCAAAAAAGUCAAUCUCAGGCUCAAAAAAGAAAUUGUCUUCCCACCUUGACACUGAUUCAGAAACAUGCAGUCUACAAGAGGAAUCCGAGAAAAUUUCUGGAAAAACCCAGAUGAGAGUUCAUCCUGAGCCAGAAGAUCAUGAACAUCCUGAAGCUACAUCUUCUGAAGCUGGGAGUUCUAGCUCAGGAUCCACCAGCAAAUUUGCAAAGAAAAGUGCUCCGAGGUUUGGAUUGGGGCGCCAAGAUUCUGCUUCAAGUUCAUCUACCUCAUUUGGUUUUAAACAGGCCAACCAAGGGGCAAGAAAUGGUGGGGCUAGUACAAGCAGGUAUAAUUUAAGGAAUUUAAAAUGCAACUCAAUCUCUGACGUCGUACCAUCAGGUUCUUCUCUCUCUCCUCAGUCAAAUGUCAGUAAGAAGGGGGAGACUGGUGGUAGGAAGAGGGUUGGUGAAGCUGAGAGUAGUUUACCUGUGAGAGGAAAGAAGAUGAAUGGAACUAUACUGGAUGAUCAAAGAAAUGAUUAUUCCAAUCGUGGAAUCUCAAUCUCUGAUUCAAGACGCACCAGAAGCUCGAGCCCUGGGAAUAACGACUCUGCCCCAGUUAGGACUCGGAGGUCAUCUGCUAGAACAAGGCUUUCAAAUCAAGAAAGUCGGGACAGAUUGCCAUUGGUUGGGUCACCUCGAAUGAGCCCAUCUUCUCCUCAACCUGACUUAACAACUGAUGAAACUGAUUUUAGUUCGGAAAAUCAGUUCUCUGUCCAAACUUCAGCUAGUUAUUCAAAUCCUCUAGUCAGACAAGGUAGCGGCAGUGAACACAUGCUUCCUAAUAGGUCUAGUGACCCCUAUGGUGCUGGCAUUGCUCGUUCUUUCAUGAAUCGUGAUGCUUUAAGACAGUACGACUUAGAUGGGAUUGCAGAGAUGUUACUAGCACUAGAGAGAAUAGAACAAGAAGAAGAGCCAACAUAUGAGCAAUUGCUUGUUCUGGAGUCUAAUCUUUUCUUAGGGGGACUUUCAUUCCAUGAUCAGCAUAGGGACAUGAGGCUGGAUAUUGAUAAUAUGUCAUAUGAGGAACUAUUAGCCUUAGAAGAGAGGAUGGGAACUGUGAGUACAGCAGUGCCAGAAAACGUUUUGGCUAAUUGCCUUAAAAGAAGCAUCUACCAGGGUAUAUCAGAAUGUAGAGAGGAUGAGAAUGAUGUUAAAUGCAGCAUAUGCCAGGAAGAAUAUGCAGACACAGAAGAACUGGGAAGACUCAGUUGUAAUCACAGAUACCACUUUGAGUGUAUAAAUCAAUGGCUGAAACUCAAGAAUUGGUGCCCUGUCUGCAAGAAUUCUGUAGCGCCUCCGCCUCCAGCGUCCCUGCCUCCCUGAACUCCGCUGUUAUGUUCUUUCGUCGUUUUCUCAGUUUGUACAGAUCAAAUUUGGUCUGCCUCAUUUCUUCAACAGAAAUUUGAUUAUAUUUUUUUUUUUUCAUAGUUCGCCACUUUUUCCACUCUUUUGUACAUAGAUUCUCUUAAAUCCUUCAACUAAUAAUCCUAGCCCUCUUCAGAGGCUCCAUUAUGGGAAUUGGUUGAUUUCGCUUCCUUAUUAAUCAUCAGAUUCUCAAGUAAAUAUACACCCCCUCCCCAAAUUUCUUCUCUA